UAACCUAAUUCGAAUUUUGAAUUUAACAUUCUAAUUACAUGUUUUCGAAAACUGAAAAACUUUAAUUCAUAAAAAUAUAUUCUAAAGAUUUCCUUAUUUAUUGUUUUAAAGUGGAUAGUUUAAUGAAAUGAAUGAGAUUGAGAAAGACGUAUGCUUACUUGUUUGGAACGAAGAAGUCGGUCAACACGAGAUCUUUGGAAACGUAAAAUUAAAAUUUUGGUCUUCUGGAAAAAUUAAUUUUCAAAUAUCGGGACAAGGGAAUUCGGUGUCCGGUAGCGUUUGUAAAAUGUGGGCAGAUUCAGAAACCAAAAAUAUUCAUUGGACCACAGAUGAUGCGGAAUAUGUUUUAUUACACCACAAAAAGCCCGAAGUUGGAAAAAUGGAGUCACUUUCCAUGACAAUAGAGAAACCUGCAGAAGAAAAUAAAUUUGGCGUUUUACAAUUUCAUUUAUCUAAUAAAUCUGGCAAUACCUGGGAGAACAACAAUGUUAUUUACAACAUGAAAAAACGUAACGAAAAAAUGUCAAAAUUCUCUGAAAAACAAAAAGAAAUCGUUGAAUAUAAGCAGUUAUGCGAAGCUAAUCAAAAUUCCGAAGAGUUCGAGAAUGAAAUUUGCUCAAAACCUAAAUCAAAAUGGACUCUACCGUAUUAUAAGUCAGAUAAAGUCAAUACAGUCGAUGAAAAUCAAGUCAAGUGCGAAGGAAGUUUACUCGAAUGUAAAAAGAAAUCGUUUCGUCUGUAUUAUAAAUUAAACGAUAAUUCUAACUUCAUAAAAAGAAAGAAAAUUAUUUUUCGAAAGAAAUUUUUAACGUUGGUACUUGAAAAAUUAAGAAGAGUGCAUACAUCGACAGAAUUUAAGAUAAAAGGAAAACAACUCGAUAAUAUCUGUGAGAAUAAAGAAAACAAUGAAAUAGAAAAGAAAGCUAUCGCAAGAUUAAAUAGUUCACAUCAACGAUUAAUAAAUAAUCUAAGAAACAAACGAAUUAUACUAAAUUGUGUAUUAUUAUUGACAUCAUUUCUUUCCUUACCAUUCAUCUUCAUGAUUUUUCAUUGUUGUGAUCCGGAGUUUGAUGGCGAGAGAGACAAUGAAAUUAUAUAAUAAAAGCGUACCUUUUAUUAACUUUAUAAUUUGAUAUAUUUCGAACGAAUAUAAUAUAUUUAUUUUUAAUGUUUUAAGGCCAAAUCUACGUAGUCACGCGCGAGUUGAAAAAUAUCGAACGAAAAAUCGAAUAACAGGUGAAUAAAAUUAGUUCAAAAAAUUUUGUCUUUCAUAGGUAUGCGAUGGAAUGAUUUUCUUUUUUCGAAUAAAAAGUAAAUAUUGAAACAUUUGUCGCCUAUCCUUCGGUUUGUGAUCGCUAUUCUACAAGUAAAUAAAAAAAGCAGCGAUUACAGUGGUCGAUGUUUCCUCCAGUUACUAAUUUUAAUUAAUGUUCUAAAAGUUAUAUACACGGUUAUCUAAAUUAUUGCUUCACUACUGAAAAAUGCCCACUAUUAUGCCGUACAUUAAAAGCCAGCUAACCGAAUAAGUUACAGCGUGAUCCCACUGAUUAAUAAAUUAACCGGUUCCGGAUUCCAAGCCAGCAGCUAUACUUCUGGUGCGAAAUCCGCCCAAAAAUUUUUCAUGGGUUCUCGGUCCCGGAUAAAUCAAUUUCAGUUUUUCAGGACUGGUUAAUCCCAAUGUAAACCUGAAAGAACCGAUGACGGAUACGAUUAAAAUAUGCUUAACCUGUCAAAAUUAAGUUCAAACCUAUCGCGAAAACUCUUUCUCCGUCGUUAUCACAAAGAUUUAUAAAUACAAAGCAAUGCGAAAGUCGAAAUAUUU